AUGGACUACAAACUCCACAUUGCGACCGCGCCGUCGGCCCCGGUCUCGAUCCUCGACGCCCGCUUCGUCACGACGACCAAGGCGACGUGGAGCUACGCGUCCAAUGCGCCCAACCAGUCGCUUGUGUACGCCAAGAAGCAGCUCUGCGACGCCAGCGGUGCUGUUGUGGCAACCCUCUCGCGCAAGGCCUUUUACUGCAGCAAUGAUGACACGUACGCCGUGGCGAGCCCAUACUUGCAGGCUCCCGGUACCAUCACGACCUCCUCCAGCGUGUGCUCCAUGCGCUCUGCGUUCACUUGGGUAUUUGACGACCGCGGGUCGGAGCUCGAGCUCUCGGCCUCUGGCUUCUCGCUGCGUCCUGUGAUCACGCUCUCGACGCCGACCCAAGUGACCCGCGUCGUCGCCACUGUCGGUGCGAACAACACGGUGACGAUCGAGGCUGGCGUUGACGCGGCCGCCGUCCUCGUCCUUUGCCGCAUCUGGUCGUUCAAUUUGAACAUGGGCUGGCUGGUUCUGGGCACCGGGAUGGUGCCCGUCGUGCUCGCAAUCACCGGUGCCGCGAUAAUUUUCGACACCGGGACGUCGCUCGGCACCGACCUGUAUGUCGCUGGGUCCAUAGCGUGGUUUGUCUGGUCUAUUCUCAUGCUCUUCGUUAUCAAGCACUUUGAUGCUUGGCUCUAA